AUGACUUCGUUUCUCAGGAAAUUCGCGCGGCGGAAGAUCCUGAAUUUGAAACUACACCAAAAGUAUUCUCUUAAACGCAGUUGCAUGGCCAAACAUUCAACUAGGGAUGAUAAUUACGAUCAAUUGAACAUCAACGCUCUAUUCGAGUCCUUGUUUGCUGUUUCCGAUUCCGCCUUAAUAGACGCCUCUUUCGAUGACUUUCUGGCAAGAGAUCCGCUCGUAAACGCUCUUCCGUUCAUAAUGCAUCCGUCUGGCCUCUCACUCCGGACCUCACAAUCAAGGUUUUCUCUAUGCUUGAUACCCAAAGCCUAUUCUGUGUUGCAGCUACCUGUUCGUUUUUUAACAGGCUCUUGCUUGAGUUCUUUGAGUGCAAAUGGUGGUGUACCUGGGUCUCGUUUGAGAAGUUUGCACCUUCACAGAAUUACAAUGAAGGAUAAGACAGCACUUUCAGAGGCACUUUUGGCAUCUUUGUCGGUUUGCCAUUCUCUUGUUGAACUAACAUUUGUGGGCAUGAUGGAUAGCGUUUUAUCUUCGUUUAGCGGAGGCAGACCUGAUUUGGUAGAAACCUGGGUGUGCAAAGAAUUUGUGGUCAACUGCCCUAAGAUAACCACUUUGGUUCUGCAAGCAUGCGAACUGUUUCCUUCUGAAGCUUUCAAGCUGGUGAAGUAA